GGCGCUUGUGAUAGUAGUGAGUCACUACUAGUGACGCAGAGACGCUCAACCGCUGAAGCCUCCAUGGCCGCAUGGCCGCAUGCAACAUCGGAAAUGGCGGGUUGCCGUUCGAAAGCUUCGAAAGGUCGCAACACCAAGUUCAACAAGGAUAUCCUUGAGGCCACAGAUCCAAAUGGCGACGUCAUCUCUGUUUGGUGUCGUCAGAUGUCCGAAGACAGUGGCUUUUGCACAAUGUGUAACCAAACUAUCUCGUGCAAACAGCAUGGGGUGUCAGCCAUUAUGAGACAUGCAACCAACAAGAGGCACAUUGAAGCUACUAGACAACAUCGUGAUGCUUCUGGCCUACUAAAAAGACAGUCAACCAUCCAGUCAUGCUUGGACUUCACACCAAAAAUGGUGAUCUCGCCAUCGGACCUAGUAACACAAGCAGAGACCAUUUUUGUUGUCGGAAUGACACUCAAAGGGGUGCCAUACUCAUGGGCGGACACUGCCACAAUGCUCUACCCUAAAAUGUUUCCAGACUCGGAGGUUGCGAAAAAGUUCUCAUGUAAAAGAAGUAAGGCUUCCUACAUUGUGUCGGAUGGCCUUGGCCCUCACUUUAAACAACUUGUAGUUGACGAGUUAAACAGACCAGAUACUUUCUACAGCAUCGCCAUAGAUGAGACGCCAAUCCCGGAGCAGCGAUGCCAACAGAUGGAUGUUGUAGUGCGAUACUACUCGUCAGUUGCAAAAAGAGUUCUUGUAGAACAUCUGGACUCGUGUCGACUGGGUUCAUGCACUGCGGACAUUCUUGUAGGGGAAGUUAAAAGGGCAAUCCAGGACCUGCCACAAAAUAAUCUUAUUUGUGUGUUUAGCGACGGACCCAACGUCAUGAAGAGUUUUAAGGCAAAGAUGAAGGAAGUGAACCCGCACAUUUUGGAUGUGGGUGACUGCUGCCUUCAUAAGGUUCAUAACUCCUUUGGGCGAGGCCUGGAUGCCUUCGGAUCAGAUGUGGAAGCAGCCGUCGUCGACGCAUACUACUUCCUGAAAUCAUCUGCGGUUCGCAGUUCUUCCCUGAAGGCACAUCAAGAAGCUCCGGGGUUACCAGAGAAUGUUUUCCUUCGGCAUUUGAAUUCGAGGUGGCUCACUCUUGGUCCAGCUGUGGGCCGCUUCAUUGAGCAGUUUGACGCCAUCAAAAACGUUGUGCUGUCUAGUUCAUCAUGCCGCUCAGGUGGAAAAAUGCGGGCACGUUUGGCUGAAGCCUUUUCCGACAAGGCAUUUUAUGCUAAACUCUUGUUUGUAAAUAAUGCUUUUGACCUUUUUAAGGAUUUUUUGACGUUGUUUCAAGGUACAGAGACGUUAGUGCAUUGUCUAUUUGGCGAAAUGGUGGCGCUUGUCCACAAACUUUGUGGCCGUUUCAUGAAAGCGGAAUCGUACAACCCGAAAACUGGGAAGGAUCUGCUACUCCUGCAGCCUAGUUCAUCCGUGAACUGGAAGUCAAAGGUGGAAGUAGGAGAAGACACUGAAGCUGCCAUGGCCAGCUGGGAGGCAGCUGAAAAAAGGGCAUUUAGGUUGGGUGCGAGGAGUUUUUACAUUAAAUGCACCGAGUAUCUGCUGUCACGGCUGCCACUAGACAACACUAAUCUGGAAAGCCUUCGUUGCCUUCAUCCCGACGCUCAAGGCAGAGAGACUUCCGCCUGUGAUUUGAGGUUGCUCGCUGCUAGACUCCCACAAGUAAUCGAGGCUAGCAAAAUUUCAGCCCUCAUGGACGAGUUUACCCUUUUUCAGCUCGAGCCAAUAGAAACCUUUUCCCUGAGUGUGGAUCAACACUGGCAGAAAGUUUUUGAGCUGAAAAAGGCUGACGGAUCAGCAAAAUACCCUCUGCUAUGCAAGGUAAUCAAGGCAUUGCUGUGUAUUCCGCACGGUAAUGCAGACCUGGAACGGGGCUUCAGUGAGAACCGCCGCAUGCUCCUCGAAAGGGCCCGCUUGACAAUUCAUAAUGUUAACGGCAUUCGGCAGAUUCUUUCACAUGCAAAACGGUUUGGUGGAGACCCAAGCAAGUUUGUGGUCACUCCUACUAUUAUCAAGGCUGUCCAGGGGUCUUCCAAAAGGUACAGAGAGCGAAUUGCUGCAGAAGAGUCGGUAGCUAAGCGAAGGUGUACUGACUCAAGUAAAUCAUCUGAAAAGGAUGAUGCUGAACAGGCUGUACAAGCUGAAGUGGAAACAGCAAAAAAAAUGAUCUGCAAUGCUGAGCUUCUGAUUGGGCGGGGAGUGAAGUCCAAGGACUUUGGUGACAUUGAAAGUGGGCAUUCACUUCUAGCAGAAGGCAAAAGCAGGCUUGCAUCAGCAUUGGCAAAACUCACCUGUGCCAAGAAAAGGUCUGCAACUUAGUUACCUGAGGCAGCAAAUUUUGUUUUGUAGGUGACUUUGCAGCAUUGCUCUCGGGGAUUUCUAAACUGGUGUUUAAGCUUCUCAAAUGAGAGGGCGUGUGUAGGUUUUUCUUGGAAUUUUUUAUUGCCAUGCAUAAUUUGUAGUUUGUGCUUCAUAUCUUUGUCAUUUGUCCAGUGUGCUGUGGUUUGCGUAUGCAUAAUUUGUAGUUUGGGCUUCAUAUCUUUGUCAUUUGUCCAGUGUGCUCUGGUUUGCGUAUGUAACAUUAAAUCAAGGUUUUAUUCUUUG